CUAAAACAACACUUGAUAUUCACAAAGAAACAUUUUAGUACAAGAAUCAAGAUGGACUCCCAAAACAUGAGCUACAAAGCUGGACAAGCCAAGGGUGAAGCUCAGGAAAAGACGAACACCAUGAUGGAUAAGGCUUCCAAUGCUGCUCAAUCUGCUCAAGAAUCCUUGCAACAGGUUGGAAACCAAAUGCAGGCUAAAGCACAAGAAGCUGCUGAAGCUGUGAAGAAUGCAACAGGGAUGAACAACAACAAAUGA